CACGCAGAUAAACUUUGUAUUUAAAUCUCAUUAUUGUUCAAGUUGCUACGUGUCCGGGAGAAUAUGUUCUACCAGGUCCUGCUUCUGCUGUUCUACGCGCACGCAAAUUGUGAAGACGCAGAACAACCGAAAUUGGUCAUCGAACGUGCAAGAAUUGAUACUUGUGCCGGAUGUAAACUAUACGACCUACCCGAUCUGAAGGAAUUUAUAUUCGAGGAUUUCCCACAGUAUGCAAACACGGAAUUAAAAUUGAAACCGGGAUUUGAUCCAGUUUUACAUUUCCUGACUAAGGAUGGGCAGACUGUCGAAAGUUUGUUUCUGACCCCAUUAAGCAGGGAGGCAUGCAACGAUCUGCUAAAAAAGCACGGAUUUGUAAGAAAAAGUGACAAGACCGAGUUGUAGCUUGCCGAGUUUUUAAUGCUUAAAAUUACUAAAUAGGGUAGUUUCCUUGUAGAUUUUCUUAAUACUUUCGCAUUAUUCGUAAUAAAUUCUUGUGUAUAAUA